AUGUCGCCGGCCGCAGAAGGCAUGGCCCCUCUCUGCUUCAACUGCUCCAUCCGCCUUGGAGACUUGUCCCCAGGGGAUGCAAGGAGCCUGGUGCCCUGCAAUGGCAGUAGGGCCUCGAGGCUCCACGACCUUGAGGACUUGAACCUCACUGAUGAAGAACUGAGACUCAAGUACCUGGGGCCCCAGCAGACAGAGCUGUUUGUGCCCAUCUGCGCCAUGUACCUGCUGAUCUUCGUGGUGGGCGCCGUGGGCAAUGGGCUGACCUGCACGGUCAUCCUGCGCCACAAGGCCAUGCGCACCCCCACCAACUACUACCUCUUCAGCCUAGCUGUGUCCGACCUGCUGGUGCUGCUUGUGGGUCUGCCCCUGGAGCUCUAUGAGAUGUGGUGUAACUACCCCUUCCUGCUGGGCGCUGGGGGCUGCUACUUCCGCACGCUGCUCUUCGAGACAGUCUGCCUGGCCUCCGUGCUCAAUGUCACCGCCCUGAGUGUGGAGCGCUACGUGGCCGUGGUGCAUCCGCUGCAGGCCAGGUCCAUGAUGACUCGAGUCCACGUGCGCCGUGUACUCGGGGCCAUCUGGGGCCUCGCUGUGCUUUGUUCUCUGCCUAACACCAGCCUGCAUGGCAUCCAGCAGCUGGAACUGCCCUGCCGGGGCAUAGUGCCCCACUCGGCUAGGUGCACCUUGGUCUACCCGCAGCCUCUCUACAACCUGGUCAUUCAGAUCACCACUCUGUUCUUCUUCUGCCUGCCCAUGGCCACCAUCAGCGUGCUCUACCUGCUCAUCGGGCUUCAGCUGCGGCGUGAGAGAUUGCGGCUGCUCAGGCAGGAGGCCAGGGCCAGGCCCAGUGACAGCUGCAGGUUUCAGCGGUCGCAGGAUCGGGGCCGGACACAGGUGACCAAGAUGCUGUUUGUGCUGGUCGUGGUGUUUGGGAUCUGCUGGGCCCCUUUCCACGUUGACCGCCUCAUGUGGAGCUUUGUGUACCAGUGGACCGAGGGCUUGGAACUGGCCUUCCAGUACGUGCAUGUUACCUCCGGCGUCUUCUUCUACCUCAGCUCGGCCAUUAACCCUGUGCUCUACAACAUCAUGUCGAGCCGCUUCAGGGAGACUUUCCAGGAAGCCCUGUGCUUGGGGACUCAGUGCCAAUACCACAGACCCUGCCGCAACUCCCACAGCCUCAGCAGGGUGACCAUGGGCAGCACCCUGUGUGACCUGGGCCCCCCGGGCAUCAGGAUCCACCCGCUGACUGAGAAUGGUGGCUGCGAGGGGCUGCAAGAGACUGACCCCCUCUGA